GAAGACAUAAAUAUGAAUACAAAACUUCAGUUCGUAUUAUAAUAUUGUUUUUCUUGUAUUGUGCAAUUAAAAAAUAUUUUUCCUGCUUUAUAAAAGAAAUAAAAGCAAUAAAAAUGCAAGUUUUUCUUCUUCCAAUACUAUCUAUAUUUACAGUAGUUUAUUGUCAAGAAAUGGAUUUAGACCAACUUUCUAAUUUGCUCUAUAGUGGAAUGGAUUACACUGUGGAUCCAUGUGACAAUUUCUAUGAUUUUGUCUGUGGUAAAUGGGUUAGAAACAAUCCCAGGGUUAGGUACAUUAAUUAUUGGGACAUCUCGGCAAUGAACAAAGUAAAUUUGAUUCAUAGAAUCAGAGAUAUUUUAGAAAGGAAUGAUAUUAGCAGAGAUAACACUAAACUCUAUAUGGAAAAGAAAUACUAUGAUUCGUGCAUUGAUAAUGAUUAUUCAGUAGUAUACGGAAAAGAAAUUUUUGCAAAUAUAAUGUCACAAACUAACUGGGAAGGAAAAACCUGGCAAGAUGUGGAUGAAUAUUAUGCUAAAAAAAUUGGUGAAGUUUUUCUUUUUCAUGUUGUACUCGACAAAGAAAUGAGAUUGAAUAUUUUAAAACCACACAAAUUAAGGACAAACUUAGUACCAUAUGAUGAUAGACAGUUUCCAAGUAAUAAUAUAAAUUACUUCUUGAAACAUCAUGGCAAAAUUACAGAAGAAACUUUAAAUGAACAUAACCAAUCACUUCUAGAGUUUGUCAGAAAUAUAAAUGAGCUCGUUCAUAAUGAGGAAUCAGAAACAGAUAUGUAUUUUUAUACUGUUGAAAAAUUACAAGAAUUCUAUGAUACCAAUUGCUCUUCGCUAAACGAUAAUUCAAAGAUAAAUUGGCAUAGAAUUCUUCAACUGCUUGCUGAGAGAACGGAAAAUUUUAUAGAACCAUCAUUCAAAAUUACAAUUGAUGCUAACUAUAUUCUUCAAUUGUGUCGAAUCUUAAGUAAUACACCACCCUCGACAAUUGUACUAUACAUGCAAUUCAAUUUUGAAUUUACUCCCGAGAUAUAUUAUUCUCUUAACACAGUGGAAGGUGUUAAUAGUUCUCCUGAAAGUAGGUCGUAUUAUUGUAUAAACAAUAUACCAGUGACACUUGGGUUCAGUGAUGUAAUAAUGAAUAAUCAGGAAUUUGCUGGAAGAAAGAAAUUUGUCAGGAAGAUCAUUAAUCAUUUAAAGCCCAUAUUAAGAGAAAAAAUUGGUAAUAGUUGGAUUGACCAAGAUGCGAAUAAUGACGCUCUAAAUAGAAUAUCAGAGAUAAAAUUACUUGUUUUGGCACUUAAUUAUGUGUUAAGCGAAUUUAUGUCAGAGAAGACAGUAGUUUCAUAUAAAUUCAGAAUGGGUACAAUUGCUUUCCAGAAUUUGAUUAACUUUAAAAAGGCUCAAACUGUAUAUAAAUUUCAAUUGGCUCUGGGGGAACAGAAAAAGAGCAAAAAUAAUAGAAGGAGCAAAAGAGCAAUGGAAUUACACGCGUUUCUUGAUGAAGAAGCAAAUUUGUUUAUGAUGUCACCUGCACUUUUAUUUGCUCCUUUUUAUCAUCAGCGAGCGCCAACCGCCUAUAAUUUUGGAAGAAUGGGAGGAUUAGUCGGACAUGAAAUGUCACACUCAUUUGAUAUUAAUUAUCUUUCUGUCAAAUAUGAAUCUUCUUGGGAAACAGAGAAUCCAGACAUGGCAAUAUUAUUUAACGAAAGGAAAACUUGUCUAAUAAAUCAUUAUAAUAAUUUAAAUGCGGAAGGUACGAAAACUUUGAAUGAAAAUUAUGCUGAUAUACAAGGAUUAAAAUUGGCAUUUCAAGCUAUGAGGCAAAUGAUUGACGCUAAUGAAUCUUUGGGACUGGAGACACUACCAGGUUUCGAAAGAUUCAAUGCAGACCAAUUAUUCUUCAUUUCCUUUGCAAAUCAUUAUUGUGAAUUGCCUGUAAUAAAUAAUGAUGAGGAUCAUGCACCGUUUGUUAUAAGAACUAUUGGCACUUUACAAAAUAUGAGGGAAUUUUCAGAAGCAUUUAAUUGUAGAAUAGGUCAGCCUAUGAAUCCAAUAAACAAAUGUGACUUCUGGGAGGUUGAAAAUCCAUAGUCUGCAGAUUAUGAUUUGCUUAUAAUCAGUAUGAUAUAUAAUUAUUUCUAGUAAUUACGAAUAUAUUUUAAAAUAACGGAAUGUUUAAAAGAUAACUAUCUAGGUUAUUUUGAUUAUGUUAAAAACUAUAACUAUUCAGCAAAUAUUUUACUGACUUUAAUUGAAAUAUUUUACGCAAUGUUAAAAAAUAAUUAACAAUAAAAAACUUUCAAUAUUGA